UCGCCACCGUUCAGUAUGCCUGAGCCAGCCAAGUCCGCUCCCGCCCCGAAGAAGGGCUCUAAGAAGGCGGUGACCAAGGCCCAGAAGAAAGAUGGCAAGAAGCGCAAGCGCAGCCGCAAGGAGAGCUACUCCGUGUACGUGUACAAGGUGCUGAAGCAGGUCCACCCCGACACCGGCAUCUCGUCCAAGGCCAUGGGCAUCAUGAACUCAUUCGUCAACGACAUCUUCGAGCGCAUCGCGGGCGAGGCGUCGCGCCUGGCGCAUUACAACAAGCGCUCGACCAUCACGUCCAGGGAGAUCCAGACGGCCGUGCGCCUGCUGCUGCCCGGGGAGCUGGCCAAGCACGCCGUGUCCGAGGGCACCAAGGCCGUCACCAAGUACACCAGCUCCAAGUGAGCCAUCAGCUGCAGAGCAACAGGUCCGUCUUUGUCCACGCCCCAAAGGCUCUUUUUAGAGCCAUC